CGAAGAAAGAAGAAAAACGCCUCUCUCUCUCUCUCUCUCUCUCUCUCCGAUUGAAAGAGGGGAAAAGAAAGGAGGAGAUAAGAAGAAAAGCGCCUCUUUCUCUCUGAUUGAAAGAUAAAAAAAAAUAAAUGGAGAAGAUGGAUAUUGCUGCCGAUUCUCAUCAUCAGCAGCUGGAAGAUCUCUUCGAUCAGAAGAAGCGCGUCAAGAACCCUCUCGUCCCCGUCGGUGCACUUUUAACUGCGGGUGUGCUCACAGCUGGAUUGAUCAGUUUCAGACAAGGAAAUUCUCAGUUGGGCCAGAAGCUAAUGAGGGCUCGUGUGGUUGUCCAGGGCGCCACUGUUGCACUAAUGGUUGGUACUGCGUACUACUAUGGGGAGAAGUUUUAAAUGAGUUCCAGAAUUGGAGUUUGUUUGAUGGAGUAACUCUGGUACUCGAUCAUGCUCCUCUACUUUGUUCCCCGUUCUGAACUGUGGGGAGCAUUUUGCUCUCCACCGAGAGCAAUGCAUGAACAGUCUUCAUGAUCACCUGAUUGCUUGCCUCUCUUCUUUGAUUUUCUAUUCCAUAAAUGGUUCGCCGUUUGCGACAAAUGGGUACAAAUAACAUCACCAUAAUGUUACAAUUAAGCUAUCAAUCUAAUUAAUUUAAAUAAGAGAAAUGAUUGCAUUGGACUUGGUCA